GAUCCCUCAGCGCCCGCGCCCCGGCCUCCUUCCCCGCCGCCGCCGCCCUCGCCUCCCGGAGCAGCAUGGACGGCGCCAGCGCCGAGGAGGUGCUGGCUCCUCUUAGGCUAGCCGUGCGCCAGCAGGGAGAUCUUGUACGGAAGCUGAAAGAAGACAAAGCACCUCAAGUGGAUGUAGACAAAGCAGUGGCUGAGCUCAAAGCCCGAAAGCGGGUUCUGGAAGCGAAGGAGCUGGCAUUACAGCCCAAAGAUGACAUUAUAGACAGAACAAAAAUGGAAGACACCUUGAAGAGGAGGUUUUUCUAUGAUCAAGCUUUUGCUAUUUAUGGAGGUGUUAGUGGGUUGUAUGACUUUGGACCAGUUGGAUGUGCCUUGAAGAACAACAUUAUUCAGACGUGGAGGCAGCACUUUAUCCAGGAGGAGCAGAUCCUGGAGAUUGACUGUACCAUGCUCACUCCGGAGCCUGUCCUUAAGACCUCUGGCCAUGUGGACAAAUUUGCUGACUUCAUGGUGAAAGAUGUGAAGAGUGGCGAGUGUUUCCGGGCUGACCAUCUGCUGAAAGCUCAUUUACAGAAACUGAUGUCUGACAAGAAGUGUUCUGCUGAGAAGAAGUCAGAGAUGGAAAGUGUCUUGGCCCAGCUCGACAACUAUGGACAACAAGAACUUGGGGAUCUUUUUGUGAACUAUAAUGUAAAAUCUCCCACUACUGGAAAUGAUCUUUCUCCUCCAGUACCUUUUAACUUAAUGUUCAAGACCUUCAUUGGGCCUGGAGGAAACAUGCCUGGAUAUUUGAGACCAGAAACUGCACAGGGAAUUUUCCUGAACUUCAAACGACUUUUGGAAUUCAACCAAGGGAAGUUGCCUUUUGCUGCUGCCCAGAUUGGAAAUUCCUUUCGAAAUGAAAUCUCUCCUCGGUCUGGACUGAUCCGAGUCAGAGAAUUCACAAUGGCAGAGAUUGAGCACUUUGUUGAUCCCAAUGAGAAAGACCAUCCCAAGUUUCAGAAUGUAGCUGACCUCUACCUGUAUUUAUAUUCAGCAAAAGCCCAGGUCAGCGGACAGUCUGCUCGGAAAAUGCGCCUAGGAGAUGCUGUUGAACAGGGUGUGAUCAACAACUCAGUGCUGGGUUAUUUCAUUGGCCGCAUCUACCUCUACCUCACGAAGGUUGGCGUGUCUCCAGAUAAGCUCCGCUUCCGGCAGCAUAUGGAGAACGAGAUGGCCCACUAUGCCUGUGACUGCUGGGAUGCAGAGUCUAAAACCUCCUAUGGCUGGAUCGAGAUUGUGGGAUGUGCUGAUCGUUCCUGUUAUGACCUCUCCUGUCAUGCGAAAGCAACCAAAGUGCCCCUAGUGGCGGAGAAACCACUUAAAGAACCCAAAACAGUGAAUGUUGUUCAGUUUGAACCCAGUAAGGGAGCAGUUGGUAAGGCAUAUAAGAAGGAUGCAAAGCUGGUGAUGGAGUACCUUGCUGCCUGUGAUGAAUGUUACAUUACAGAAAUGGAGAUGCUGCUGAAUGAGAAAGGGGAAUUCACUGUUGAAACUGAAGGAAAAACAUUUCAGUUAACAAAAGACAUGGUCAGUGUGAAGAGAUUCCAGAAAACACUAUAUGUGGAAGAAGUUGUCCCAAGUGUCAUCGAACCCUCCUUUGGCCUGGGCAGGAUCAUGUACACUGUGCUUGAACACACAUUCCACAUCCGAGAGGGGGAUGAGCAGAGAACGUUCUUCAGUUUCCCUGCUAUGGUGGCUCCAUUCAAGUGUUCCGUCCUUCCCCUGAGCCAGAACCAGGAGUUCAUGCCAUUUGUCAAGGAAUUGUCGGAAGCUUUGACCAAGAAUGGUGUUUCUCAUAAAGUGGAUGAUUCCUCUGGGUCCAUUGGAAGGCGCUACGCUAGGACCGAUGAGAUUGGCGUGGCUUUCGGCAUCACCAUUGACUUUGACACAGUGAACAAAACCCCUCACACAGCAACUCUGAGGGACCGAGACUCCAUGCGUCAGAUCAGGGCAGAGGUGUCUGAGCUGCCCAUCGUGGUCCGCAAUCUGGCUAAUGGCAGCAUCACGUGGGCAGACGUGGAGGCCAGGUACCCUCUCUUUGAAGGACAAGAGACUGGCAAGAAAGAGACAAUCGAGGAAUGAGGACAUUUUGGCAACUUUUGACAACCUGUACUAAUGGAAGAAAGCACUCGAUCAUGUCUACCUACCAAAAAGCAAAAACAAAACAAAAAACAGCCUUGCGAUUGCGUCCAGGACUGAAUUUUAUCCUCAUGGCUGCCCAGUGUUACUCUCACAAUUAAAGUUGAAGGAAUUCUGAACACAUGUAU